GCAGUCACACCACGGUGGAUUCAUACUUGUCUGACUUGUAGUUGGUGUGGAGUGAAGUAACAACAUGAGCAAAACCAAGAAUAAAAGUGACAAUAAGACGGAAAAAGCUUUGGCUGCGGAGAAGGAGCAGUUUGGUAAACAACAGCUCCACAGCAUCAGCAAAACUCUCACCUCAGGUGAAACACCUCCCAAAGAGAAAUAUGUGCGCAAUAUCAUCAUGGGAACAUUUAAGGAAGGUGGAGCUACCACCUUCUGGUCCUACACCCUGAACCUGCCGCUGUCCAGCAACUCCAUGAUCAGCUGGAAGUUCUGCUACCUGCUGCACAAAGUUCUCAGGGACGGACACAAAAAUUCUGUUAACGAUAGUCACAGAUACUGCCGCAAUGUGAAAGAUAUGGGCGUCCUCUGGGGAAACUUGCAUGAUCGAUACGGUCACAUCGUCGCUUUAUCUGCCAAAUUCCUCUGCCUCAAAAUGGAGUUUCAUAAAAAGCACAAGGUGAUUCCAGGCAAUCUGGAGGCCACAGAUGAGACUUUAGAGAAGGAAGCAGGAAGUGACAUGAACAAAGUGUUGGAUAUGACACAGGAACUGUUGGAUUACAUGGAUGCUGGACUGAAGAUGGCUGAAACAGUUCUGCGUCAGCUGGAUGCCAACGCAGCCAAAUCUACGACUCCAGCCGGACAGUGCAGGCUGACGCCUCUGAUCCCGCUCCUACUGGACUGCAGCUUCCUCUACCACUUCUCUGUCCGCCUGAUGUUCAAACUUCACAGCCGCAUCGCUCCAGAUGUUCUUCUCGGACAUAGAGAACGUUUCCGUGACCUGUUUACAAGCCUGACGCAGUUCUUCGACAGAGCCAGAGAAAUGGAGUUCUUUAAAAGUAUCAUCCAGAUCCCAGAUCUCCCAGAUGAACCUCCGAACUUCCUCCGUGCCGCUGCCCUGGCUGAGUAUAAGAAGCCGGUGGUGGUGAUGCCCAACGAGGAGCGUCACGAUGAGGAGGAGGUGGAGGUGCAACCGGAGUUCAGGGAAGCGCCACCGAUGCCACAGUACUUUCUGCUCAGCCAAAUGGGAGCACCUGAUGCUGCAGCGGAGCAGAGGGAAACAGAGACUGAGGCUCUGAGGAGGGAGCUGGAGGUGCUCAAACCUGAGCUGCAGCUUAUCAAGAGUGAGGCUCAGAGGUGUGUAACUGAGUUAAAAUCUCAAGUGAACCGUCUGGAAGCUGAAGUCGAGGAUCAGCGUACCCACAAACAGAUUGCCAUGGUGGAAAAUGAACACCUGCGGAUGGAAGUGGAGGCGUUACGCUGCGCCAAUGUCGCCAACGUCGGGGCACAGAUUGGAUUCAAGGAAGCAGAUAGUAGAGCUCAGGCCGCAGAGAUUCGUUUUUCUCAACUCAAAGAAAGACACGCGGAGCUCGUUACCGGUCAUGCUGACCUCAUGAAGAAGAACGCAGACACGGUGAAGUUGCUGAACAUUACAAAACAAGACCAGGACGAUAUGCGUAGAAUCAAACAGCAGCUUGAAAACGAGCUGGAAAACCUCCGACAGGAGAGGGGAAACAUGAUGAAUCAUCAGCAGCAGGAGGUCGACCGCCUGAAUAAAGAACUACUGGAGCAAAGAGCAGAGCUGUCUAUCCUUCGCAGCACCCUCGACAAUAAGGAGAUGGAGGGAUCCCAGGCGAGCAGCAGCCUGGCAGCUCUGCAGGCGGAGCGCGACGUGCUGCUGCGCUCUGCCAGAGAAAAGGACGCAGAGCUUUUCUCGCUGAGACAACAGAGUCAGCAGCAGCAGAGCUGUCUGGACCUGGAGAGAGACCGGCUCAACAGAGAGCUGGAGGCUCUCAGGGCUCAGCUGCAGCAGCAGCUCGCCAUCAACGCAGAGCAGAAACUAGAGAUCGACAGGCUGAGACGAGAACUCGACUCGACACGAGCUGAGCUGUCACGUGCAAACAGCUCCCUGCAAAGCAAAGAAAUGAGCGGCACCCAGCUGAGCGGCACGGUCGCAGGGCUGCAGGCGGAGAGGGAGAGGCUGCUGCGCUCAGCAAGGGAGCAGGAGGCCGAGCUGAACUCCCUCAGACAACAAGCUCAGCUCCAGCAGAGCUCCGUGGAGCAGGAGAGGCAGAGGAGCAGCAUGGAGCUGGGAAACCUGCACGCCCAGUUACAGCAGCAGGCCUGUCGUGAAGGUGAACUGGCCCAGAAGCUGCAGGAGGAGCAGUUCUGUCUGCUGCAGUGUGCGGUGGUGGAGGCUGAGGGCAUCAUACUGGACGCUGUGGCAAAACUGGACGACCCCAUACAUGUCCGCUGCAUCAGCUCACCCGAUUAUCUGGUGAAUCGAGCUGAAAUCACUCUCGGUUCGAUCGAUAAGAUGCAGCAGAGCCACGUGGUCUACCUGGGAAACAUGAACGACGCCAGCGGCUUGUUGAGAGCCGUCACGCAGUUCUCUCAUCUCGCCGCUGACACCAUCGUCAACGGAGCCGCGACGUCUCACUCUGCUCCCACCGACCAGGCCGACCGUUUAACUGACAGCUGUCGGGAUUGUGCCAAUAACUGCCUCCAGUUCUUGAAGGAUUUGAAGCUCCAGGCCAGUUUACAGAGAGCGGAUCCCGCCGCCGUACGCUACACUGUUCAACGCAUCCUCCAUUUAGGACAGGAGCUACGUCCCAAAGGACAGGACGUGCUGAAGGAAGAGCUGGGAAACAUGGUGGAUAAAGAGAUGAUCGCUACAUCUACUGCUAUAGAAGAGGCUGUGCUGCGAAUGGACGAGAUAAUGAAUCAGGCGAAGAGAGACACUACUGGUGUUAAGCUGGAGGUCAAUCAGAGCAUCCUGGGAUCCUGUUCAGACCUGAUGAAGGCUGUUCAUAUGCUGGUGAUGGCUGCUACAGAUUUACAAAAAGACAUUGUGGAAGGAGGCAGGGGAGCCGCUUCUGUUACUGAAUUUUACGCCAAAAACUCUCGCUGGACAGAAGGACUCAUCUCUGCGUCUAAGGCCGUGGGCUGGGGCGCCACACAGCUGCUAGAGUCAGCUGACCGCGUCGUUGGUGAACAAGGUACAUACGAGGAGCUCAUCGCCUGCUCGCAUGAGAUCGCUGCCAGCACCGCACAGCUGGUCGCCGCCUCAAAGGUGAAAGCCGACCGCAACAACAAGAAGCUGUUCACCGUGCAGCAGGCGUCACGCCACGUUAAUGACAUGGCCGCCGUGGUCGUCACCUCCACCAAACACGGGCAGCAGCAGAUCUCCGACCAAGGUGUGAUGGACUUCUCUGGCAUGUCUCUGAUCAAGCUGAAAAAAGAGGAGAUGGAAGCUCAGGUGAAGGUUCUGCAGCUGGAGAGCCAGCUGGAGCAGGAGCGAGUCCGUCUGGGGGAGCUGAGGAAGAAGCACUACGAUCUCAGCGCCUCUGGGAACGCCGACGACGCAUCGGACGAAGCCGAUAGCUUCCCGCCUCCGCCGCCGCCUACUCUACUGGACCCCGCGCCCUUACCUCCGUCCUUCCAACACACGCAGCCUUACGUCAACACACAAACCAAUCCGUUCGCUCCUGCUCAGACACAAUCUCAGUUCUCACUGCCUCAGUCUUACACACCGACAAACACCUUCUCACAGACGCAAAGCUACACGCCUGUUCAAUCCUACACGCCUGCUCAGACCUACACGCCACCUCAGACCUACACGCCUCCUCAAUCCUACACACCUUCUCAAUCCUACACCUCUUCCCAUCCUUACGUCCCAUCUCAGCCUUUCACACCAAACCCAACCCAAAGUUACCUAAAACCUCAGUCCUAUUCACCGUCACAACCCUCGUCCAGCGUCUCUCAGCCUCAGACGACCCCACAGAGCAACACGGACGCCGCCAAACCGGCCUCGAGGAAACCAAACAUCUUCACCAAAUCCGGAAACCUGCUGAAGAACGCGUUCAGACGAGGUGAAACUGGAACUGGGGAAUCUUGAAGCCUGACUGACGAAGACCAAAGGAAAAAUAUAAAAGUCCUUUAAUAUGUUGAAGACAUUGACUUUAACCUGAUUUUAUCUCUGGCUGGUUACAGGUGUUACAACUGUUUAAUAUCAGUUAAAUGUACAAAUGAAACAGUAAUAUUAUAUUUUAUAAUCAAACUGAAGCCUAUAUUAUGUCACUAAUUGUUGUUAUAUACAGACUUGAUUCAUUAAAAUCCAUAAAAUCA